GGAAGUUGUUGGUAGUGCGCAGUGGAUGAAUGGGGUGGCUGUACACAGUGCACUUCACUAGUAUGCACAGAGACGCAUAUCUGUAAUAUACAUAAUGAAGCGACCGGAAAGGACUUAUUCAUCCCAGCUUUAAAUGUAUACAGAUAAUUGAAUGCAAUAUAUUCAAAUACAUAAUUUAAACGCUGUUGGCACAAGAAAUUCAUAUAUGCUGCAUUUGUACCUACUACAGUCAAGAUACCUGAUCUUACUCUCCCUGGAUGCACCGGCAGUGUUUGGGAAUCCGCAAACCAUCUCUUAUUUUUCUCGCUAAGCGAUAGUCGUGGCUGUUAUGAUGCAUUCACAUGGGUUGUCUCCAUGAUCACCGCUUUCCUCGUCCUCCAUCAGAGUUGAUUUCAGCAUCAGCAGGUCACCAUGAGAAUGAGGCUGAAGCUAAAGACUGUGUUUGUCCUGUACUUCAUGGUGUCGCUGCUAGGACUCGUCUACGCGCUGAUGCAACUGGGCCAGCGAUGUGACUGCAGAGAUCACGACUUGUCCAAAGAUCAGCAGAUCUCUCAGCUGAGAGGAGAGCUGCAGAAGCUGCAGGAGCACAUCAAAACAUCAGAGCUGUCUAAGAAGACCGAUGUGCCCAGAAUUUAUGUGAUAACGCCCACAUAUGCAAGACUGGUGCAGAAAGCGGAGCUGACUCGUUUGUCCCACACCUUCCUCCAUGUUCCUCAGCUGCAGUGGAUUGUGGUGGAGGACGCUGCACAGCCGACUGCGCUGGUCACUGACUUCCUGGCUGCGUCCGGCUUGACCUACAUCCAUCUAUACAAGCUGACCCCCAAAGACAGGAAGCUGCAGGAAGGAGAUCCCAGCUGGCUGAAGCCACGGGGGGCUGAGCAGAGGAACGAGGGUCUGCGCUGGCUCAGGGAGAUGGGCUCUGCUGCUAAAGGAAAGGAGGCGGCUGCCCUCGAGGAGGCCGUGGUGUACUUUGCUGAUGACGACAACACAUACAGCCUGCAGCUUUUUGAAGAGAUGCGGUACACAUACCGUGUCUCUGUGUGGCCCGUGGGUCUGGUGGGCGGGAUGAAGUUUGAGCGGCCCGUGGUGGAGGACGGGAAGGUUGUGCGUUUCCACACCGGCUGGCGUCCCAACCGCCCGUUCCCCAUCGACAUGGCUGGUUUCGCUGUGUCUCUGAGGUUGGUCCUGACCAAUUCCCAAGCACGGUUUGAUGGUGAUGCUCAGAUGGGCUUCCUGGAAAGUAGCUUCCUUCAGAACAUGGUUACUAUGGAUGACCUUGAACCCAAAGCAGACCUUUGCACUAAGGUGCUGGUGUGGCACACCCGAACCGAGAAGCCAAAGAUGAAGAGGGAAGACGCUUUGCAGAAGCAAGGGUUGGGUUCAGAUCCGGAUGUGGAGGUGUAAGCGCCACCUCUUAAGAACAUGCCUGAACUUCACCAGACAUCUUCACCAACACCACUUCCACUGUCCCAAACAGAUUUCUCUUAUUUAUAUAGCGAGAGGUGAAAUUUCUUGGCCACACACCAAAGACACGAGGAAUGAGGAAGUGACGAAUGCAGGGAUAAAAAGGUGCAAGAGGCAGAAGCGAAGGAACCUGUUCCUAAAAGAAUAUGGAUUUCUUUAUGAAACCAUGCUUACCAUUGGUUCACUACACUUGAACAGUAUUUAAAGAGAAUUUUACAUAUGGUAUCAAUAAAUAAGAUGAGCUUGUAUUUAUAGAUUAGAAAUGUAAUUGUAUAGCUUGAGGCUUGCUUGGAAUAUAUUUAUAAUGGGAACGCAUUAUGUCUAUGCUGUCUAUGUCUCAGUCUAGGUGUACCUGUCUUAUGUCUUCAUAUAAAGUCUUAAAGUUUUCGAUAUUUUUUUCUCUUCACUGAUAAAUGGAUGGUAAACAUAGGUCAGAUUUAUGGCAUUAACAAUCUUUCUUGAAUAACAAUAGAGUGCUUAUCUUUAAUCCAGUGGCAUGCUGGGUACGUGGCGCUGGUAAAGCUUCAGGUGACAGUGUAAAGUACAGAUGAGAUCACUUGACCCGGUGAAACAAAGACUGAAAACAUUUACAGAAUGUAAAAACGUUUAGAAUUGUUUUGCACAUCAUCAUACUAAGGUGUUGAUGUAGAAAUGUAAAAUGUAGUGAAUAAGUUCGGCUCCAGGAGAGUUCGCGGUUUCCUGGGAAAGUAUAUUGCUUUAAAAACCCUACAUGUUUUACUGAAUCUGAAUGUUGAAGAAUAUAAGGAUGUAAGAUGUCAAGCGGGAAAAACCGUCUCUCUGCCAGUUUAAGUGAAUUGAAUUGAAUGCAGAGGAAGUUAAAUAGAGUCCAGUUAUGCAAGUUGAAAAUUUUGAUUUUGAAUGAUAGCAUGUAAACCAUCAGCCUGCGUUAAUUCUACUUAUUUUGUAAAUAAUUAUUUAAACAGUGGGAUUCCUGGUUAAAAAAAACAAACAAGAAAAACCGUUACCCGUGAUUCUGCAAAAAGAAUAGCAACAUGUAAAUAUUGCCAUCAUAGUACAAUCAGUCUCCCUGCAUUCAUGUACGACUCGCAUAUUUGUGUAUAUAUGUACAUUUUGCAAUAAAUGUAAAAUAUAUUGUUUCUUUAUAGCCUUUAUAACAUCUUCCUGUAGCUCAAUCAGUAGAGCAUGGUUCUAGCAAUACCAGGGUUAUGGAUUCAAUUCCCAGGGAAGAAUCUAGCAAGAACUGAUAAAAUGUGAAUGCGAAGUUGCUUUGGAUGAAAAUGUCUGCCAAAUGCAUAAAUGUAAAUCUUUAGUAGUUCAGUAGUUUUAUAUUUCUCCUGCUAUCCCUCAUUAAAGCUGUCGAAGACUC